CUUACACGGAAGCAAAAAUAUAAACUUUGGACACUGCGACUUUUAUACCAAUAUUUAUGUAAAUGAAUUGAAAAUGGUAACUAAAAUACGUGUUAUCUAUUAACAUAGCGUCUGCACUUAAAAUCGAUUGAAAUCUAAUUUCACUUUGAAAAUGUUCAAGUUUUAUUUUCUAUUUUAGGAAUUUAUAAAUCCACUUCAUGUUAUUGAUUAGUUUUGUAAUGUACUGAAUUACUUAAUCUUAACAUACCGUUUAUUUGCUGUUAGAACACGCAAAAAUACUUCCUAGUUUAAACAUAAGACAAUGGAAGUUGACGGAAAGAGAGUUGAACCUACCUUUGAGUCGGGAGAAAAUUGUGAACCGUGUCAGCGAGGAAAUACUACAACAAAAGCAGUAGGAUUAUGUAUAGAAUGUGAGGAAUAUAUGUGCCAAACAUGUUUCGAUCAUCACUUGAAGGCAAAAAUAUGUAUGAACCAUAAUCUUGUGGACGAUCUUAAAUCGUCGAUGACGGGGAGGUCCGAAGAUGUGGAAAGAUGUAAAGAGCACGACAGUGAGAUCGUAAAGUAUUAUUGUUGUACACAUAAAACUGUAGGAUGUGGUGACUGCAUGUUGUCAGGGGGACAUAAUGCUUGCAAACCGGAGAACAUAAAACAUUUAGCCAAGAAUUUCAAGAACGAGAAGGCAUUUAAAGACAUUGUAAAACAGGUAGAAGACAUAGAGAAAGAUAAGAAUUUAAUAGAAAAAAUUAAUCGGGAUAAUCAGAGGAAAAUUAAAGAAGUUAAUGAAAAGGCAGUAAGCGAAGUUCGCAAAUUCAGAACAGAUGUCAACAACUUCCUUGACGAGGCUGAAGCAAACAUUCUGUCCAAAAUAAAAUCCGUAACUUCCGAGAAUCAUGAGCAAAUGGCAAUAAUGGGAAGGGCUAUUGAAAGUAUCUCAAUCGAACUGGAUGAUGUCAGACAGAAGUUGGACACAGAGCUUCACGAUGGAAAUGUACUAUUUAUCAAUGCGGUUGCCUGUAAGCCUCAACUGAAAAAUAUAGCGUUGUCAGUGGCUAAUGCAAAGUCAAAGAAAGUUCUGAAGAACUUCAAAUUCUACCCAGAUGAAGAUCUAAGUAGAAUUGCUGCAUCAGGGAAAUCGUUUGGGGACAUACAAAUUUCUUUAGAAGGAAGUGCAGAGAUAAUUCGACCUCAAAUAGUGGAAGAACAGACCGAUGGUAUCCAGAACAUUGAAACAGCCGAGAAUAGUGGUGCUGAAUUUGAAAGUAACCAUGAAGAAGAAGACUGUAUGAUAUGCAUGGAUCAGAUGAAAAAUACAAAAACUCUUAAGUGUGGUCACACGUAUUGUUCUGAAUGCAUUGACGCCCACUUCGAAAUCAAAAAGACAUGUCCUACGUGCGGAGCUGUAUGUGGAGUAAUAACAGGAGAUCAACCUGAUGGUAAAAUGAGUGUGAGUCUUUCAAAACACGCUCACUGUGCUGGAUAUGAUGGUUAUGGUCAGAUAUCAAUAACGUACAAUUUUCCAUCUGGAAAACAGGGACCAAAUCACCCUGACCCGGGGAAAUGGUACAAAGGCAUUACAAGAGUAGCUUAUCUACCGGAUAACAAGGAGGGUCGAAUAAUACUUGAAAUGCUGAAAGUUGCGUUUGAGAGAAAACUGGUGUUUACAAUCGGACGUUCAAGAACUACAGGACAAGAAGGGGUUAUAACGUGGAAUGAUAUUCAUCAUAAGACGGACUGUAGACCCAAUUCUCAGUACUUUUUAUAUUACAUUAUUUUAAUUCAGUAUUCCAAUUUAAUAAUGGAUAACACGGCUGACCUAAUAUGCAAUAUAAUGACAGUAAAACAUGAGAGUGAAAAGCUCGAACCGGUAAGAACAACAGCUGACGCGGCUGGCACUGAGGUAGAGCGUCUUGAAGAAAAGUAUAAUGGCAUACCAGUUUACGAUGCAGUUGUCACUGUUCGUAAAACGAAGGAUGGGAAGUUGACAGGGGACGCCUCAGGAACUCUUAUACAAAAUAUAGACGAAGAUUUACAAGAUACAAAACCAAAACUCACUAACGAAGAUACCCUUCGCAUAGUUGUCAAAGCCGAAGGGGACGAUAUAGCAGAUGUUACUGAAGCAAAAUUUUGCAGGAUGGUUUAUAUUGACAAGAACAACACUGCAAGACUGGUCAAUAUUAUUAAUUAUCUGGUAGACGGUGUGAAGCGGCCUUUCUAUAUAAUUGAUGUACAAAACGGAGAGAUUCUAAAGAGCUGGCAAGGUUUUAACAAAUAUCCUUGUUGUACAAGAAAAUAUAAAGCCUGGGGCGGGAAUAUGAAAAUGGGACGUAUCACAUACGGUGAUAUGCCUCAUUGUCUAUCUCCUACCAUUGUCGGCGGCAUGUGUUACCUAGAAAACGAGUACGUUCGUGUUGUUGAUAUGAAUAACACCUAUGACGAGAACAUCACAUAUACAGCAAGUUUUGAAUGCGAAAAGGGAUAUGGGGACGAAGUCAAUGGUGCUUUUUCACCGGCAAUUGACGCUUUCUUCUACGGUACCGUCGUCGGCAAAAUGUUUGAAGAAUGGUUCGACAGUAAGCCUUUAAACAGUAAAGUUGUUAUUAGAGUCCAUUUUGGUAGUUUAUACGAAAAUGCUUUCUGGAACGGAGAAAAUACAACAUUUGGUGAUGGUGGAUAUUAA